CAUUACUUGCAAACUGACUGCUAGUAUGAAAAUGGGUUCCAUUUUCAAUAUUUUCUUUCUUCUUGUUGCUUUCUUAUUUAGUUUUCCGACUUUUUCACAUUUAUGUUCACAUUAUUUAUGUUCACCUCAUGCUCUGGGCACCCGAAGGCCUAAAGUGUUUUCUAUAUUUCACCUCCAGUUUCUGGCUAUCAGAAAGUUUUGAACCAAUGGCUUCUUCCUCUUCCACUAAUUGUUGGAAGCAUGAUGUAUUCUUGAAUUUCAGAGGCCAAGACACCCGCAACACUUUUACUAGCCAUCUACACCAAGCUUUGUGCAACAAAGGAGUUCAUGUGUACAUUGAUGAUCACGAGCUUGAGAGGGGAAAAGCGAUUGCUCCUGCACUCCUCCAAGCUGUCGAGCAAUCAAGGAUCUCCAUUGUUGUUUUCUCUGAAACCUAUGCAUGCUCUUCCUAUUGUUUGGAUGAGCUGGUGAAGAUGCUUGACUGCAAGGAAUCGAAAGGGCAAGUGGUUCUGCCCGUGUUCUACAACGUGGAUCCAUCAGAUGUAGAAGCGCAGAACGACAGCUUUGGAGAACCUGUGCUUCGUGCAGCUUCAUGUGCUGCUGCAAGUAUGGACAAGUUGCUGGAGUGGAAGGAAGCUCUAACAAAAGCAGCUAGAUUGUCUGGGUGGCAUUUGGACAACGGGAAUGAGGCUAAAACUAUCCAGAGCAUUGUUGAAAAGGUCUUGGCUAUAUUGAACCGCGCAUUCUUACAUGUUGCUGAUUACCCUGUUGGACUUGAUUCCCAUAUCCAAUAUUUGAAUUGUCAGUUACGCCUUGCAUCAAAUGAUGUUUGCAUGGUAGGGAUUUUGGGAAUUGGUGGAAUAGGCAAGACAACUGUUGCCAAAGCUAUUUACAACGAAAUCGCUAAUCAGUUUGAAGGUAGCAGCUUUCUUGCAAACGUUAGAGAAAUGGCAAAGCAAAACAAGGUUGUUGAACUACAACAAACACUUCUUUCACAGAUACUUGGAGAUAAAAAUUGGUCAGUUGGAAAUAUAGAUUUUGGAAUCAGUGUGAUAAAGGACAGGUUGUGUAGUAAAAAGGUUCUUAUUGUUGUUGAUGAUGUGGAUAAUGUGGACCAGUUAAAAAGACUAGCCGGAGAGCCAGAUUGGUUUGGUGCAGGGAGUAGGAUCAUUAUUACGAGUAGAGAUGAACAUGUGCUUGUUUCCCAUGGAGUGAAAUUUGUGCAUAAAGUGCAGGAACUAUGUCAAGGUGAUGCUUCUCAACUUUUCAGCUGGCAUGCAUUCAGAAAUUCCCAACCCAAGGAGGACUUCAUGAUGCAUUCAAGCGAGGCAGUAACUUAUGCCCAAGGCUUGCCAUUAGCUCUUGUUGUGUUGGGUUCUUUUCUGUAUGGUAGGAGUGUACAUGAAUGGGAAAGUCAAUUAGAUAAAUUGAAGCAAAUUCCUGAUAAAAAGAUAUAUGAAAUACUCAAAAUAAGUUAUGAUGGCUUGGAGGAUGGCACUCAAAAGGCCAUUUUCCUUGAUAUUGCGUGUUUCUUUAGAGGAAUGGACAAAGACUAUGUGAUGAAAGUGUUCCAUGCAUGCGAUUUCAAGCCAAUUAUAGGAGUCCAAGUUCUUAUUGAGAAGUCUUUGAUAAGUAUAGAGAAUAAUAAGCUGCAGAUGCAUGAUUUAAUACAAGCAAUGGGCAGACAAAUUGUUCAGCAAGAAUCUCCCAAUAUACCAGGCAGGCGCAGCAGAUUGUGGUUUCAUGAGGAUAUUGUUCAUGUAUUGACCGAAAAUAUGGGAACAGAUGAGAUUGAAGCAAUAAUGCUAGACUUCCAUGAACCAGAAGAGAUGCACUUGAGUGCUAAAGCAUUUAAGAAGAUGAAAAGACUUAGAAUACUUAUAAUCCGCAAUGCUUUGUUAAGUGUGGCUCCUGUAUAUCUCUCAAAUGAGUUGAGAUGGCUUGAAUGGCCUGGGUGUCCAUUAUUGUCACUGCCAUCUACUUUUCAUGCAAGAAAACUUGUUGUUCUCAACAUGCAGCAUAGCUUCAUCAGCCACUUUGAGGGAUUCAAGAAUUACAGUUGCUUGAAGUUUAUGAAUUUCAGUGGUUGCGGGUUCCUAAAAGAAACACCCGACUUCUCAACCAUCAGGAAUCUUGAGAGGUUGAAUCUUGAAGGGUGCGCAAAUUUGGUUGAGGUUCAUCAGUCUGUUGGAUAUCUUGAUAAACUUGAAUUCUUGAAUGUUGAAUUCUGCUCUAACCUCAGAAGUCUUCCCCGAAGAAUCAAAUUGAAAUCUCUUAACACCCUUCUUCUUUCAGGCUGUCAAAAGCUUGAGGCGUUUCCUGACGUUGUUGAAAAGAUGCCAUGUUUGGAGAAACUUUGUUUGAGUGGAACUGCAAUCAAAGUGCUUCCUUCAUCCAUCAAAAAUAUAUCCGGGCUUAAAGUCCUGACCCUGACAUUUUGCAAAAACCUUGCCGAUCUUCCUAGUAGCAUUUAUAAACUUACACAUCUUGAGUGUCUGCUUCUUGAAGGUUGCUCAAAACUUGACAAGUUUCCAGUGAAUGGGGAGAAUGAGGUACCAUCAAAUUUCCUUACAUCUUCAAAUUGUUAUGAAAAUUCCUCAGGAUCAGACUUCCUUCCGGCUCAAGCGAAUUCUCUUGAAGGCUCUUCCUCAUUGGGAUUUCCUUCGUUAAGAUGGCUAGAUCUACGAAACUGCUGUCUAAGAAAUGUCAAUUUCUUGAAGAUGCAUGAUUGCUUUCCCAUGUUGAAGGAAUUAGAUUUAUCAGGAAACAGUUUUGCUAUCUUUCCAGAAACACUCUCGCUAUUUACUCACUUGAAGAGUCUCAGAUUACAUAAAUGCAAGAAGCUUCAAGAAAUUCCAGAGCUUUCACGGAAUAUUAAGAGACUAGAAGCAAGAGAUUGUGAAUUGUUGGAAAGAUAUUCACCAUUAGAGAAGGAAGGUGAAUGGCCAGCCAAACUUCGCGUUGUUGACUUCUCAAACUGCCACAAACUAGCUAGAAACCAGGGAAAGAAUUUGGAGGAUGCAUUCUUUAGUAAGGCAUUUCAUAAGCAAUUUCAAGUUGAAAUGUUCCUUCCUGGAAAUAAAAUUCCAGAAUGGUUCGCGUUUACUAGCGAACAGGGCUCCUUGACUUACCUUGUACCUUCCUCUGUUUUCGAGAAAAUCCAAGGACUGGUUAUCUGCUCCAUUUUAUGUUUAGAGGAUGAAGUGACAGCAAAUAUAUCGUGUGAAAUGUUUGUUGAUGGGAAAAGCAUGAUUUUGUGCUCAAGACAUUUCUUUCCAUUGGAGACGGAUCAUUUGUGGUUAUACUACCAGCCAUAUUUCUAUACUAGAGCCUUGGGUACAGCAAGAAGUGAUUUAGUUCGCUUUGAGAUUUCAUUUGAAGUCCUCGGAGCACCAAGGGGUUCGGCGUUGAAAAUGUGUGGGAUCUAUUUUAUAUACAAGCAAGAUAAGACAGUGAGUGAUCCAAGUUCCACUCAAUCCACGAGUUAUCACACAGACCACUCUGUUUCAUUUGAUCUCAUGACAAGUUGCUACGUAGAUGACCCCGACUUCGCUUUGAGUCCUAGUAUGAACAGGAAGCGGCCAGAAUCAUCAGAUCUAACUGAAGGAUGCUACAAUGAUGACUUGGAACUCAGUUUGAAUCCAAAGGUGAGCAGAAGAAAAACUGCUGAUGAUCAGCGUGGGGAGCAGUUCUCUUUUUCUCUGCAGCCAAUGGAUCAGAAGCCGGGUAACCCUUUGAUAGCAUCCAAAUCUGGAGAGCAUCAACUGGAGCAUUGGCUUUCUUUAUCUUUGCAGCCAAUGGAUGUGAGUAAUUGGCAUCCAAUGUGCAUCAAGAAAUUAGAGGGAAAAGUUCAACUUCAACCAAAGAGUAAGGAAAAAAUGAAUUUCUUUAAUGAGCUUGGCAGGACUCCCAUCAGGGAACAUGCUGCAGUAGAAGAAUAUGAAACUGAAAAAGAUGAGACAUAUAUUUCUGAUGUUGAAUCUCUGGCUUGAGUGAUACAAAUAUAUACCUUCAUGAGAAACCGAGAUGGUAAAGGAUCUACGAGAGAAUGAAGCAGAAAGGGAGUUUCUUCUAAUAUCUCAAGCACUGAAGAUGUUGUUAGGUUGGUUGCCAUUAAUGUGCAACAACCAUUGACUAUUGGCAGCCACCUUUGUUGAAGAAGAGUAGGAGUUGGCAGCCAUCAAUGUUGACAACAAAGCAAGAAGGUUGCCAUGAAAUGCCUAUAAAAGAGGCAUGAUUUUAGAGAGAGUUGUGAGAGUUGUAAGAAAUGUAGAGAAGAAGAGAGAAAGUGAGGGGCUGCAAUGGCAGCAAUCUUGCUGCCAUUGCAGCAGCUGCAAAUGCAGCAAGAGAGUUGAUGAGUUGAGUAGAGUGGAUGUAAUCCUCCUCCUCUACAUGUAUUUAUUGUAUCCUUUCUCUAUCUCUAAUAAAAUGAACCUCUCCCGUGGAUGUAGGCGGUUUUGCCGAACCACGUAAAA